AUGGUGUUAUGGGAAAAGCUAGUGGAGAGCCUGGACAGAGAUAAGCUAGAAGAAGUGGCUGUUCGAUUCAGGAAAAUCUGGUUGAGAAGGAAUUUGGUGGUUUUUGAAAACAAAGUCACAUGCCCUCAAAGAUUGCUAGUAUCAACAGCUGAAUCCUUGGAGGUGUUCAAGCAGGCAAACAGAAGACAAGGGAUUGAACCCCAGCAGGUAUCCAGACCAGGCAGUGUGGCAGCAUGGGUCAAACCAGAUGCAGAAUUUGUUAAGGUAAACUGGGAUGCCUCUUUAGACAUGAAGGUGGGGAAGAUGGGAAUGGGGGUGAUAAUGAGAGAUGAGAAUGGAGAUGCUUUACUUGUUGUGUGUGAUAGCAGAUGUUACGUUCAGUCGGCAGAAGUAGCAGAAUGUUUGGCUCUUUUGAAGGUAAUGCAGGUGUACAGUGAGCUCAAUGUGCAGAAAGUAGUCUUCGAAGGGGAUGCAAAGGUUAUCAUAGAUGCAGUGAAGAACACAGAAGAGAAUCUAUCUACUAUAGGACACUUGAUUGAAGAUAUUAGGAAGGCUAUGGUAAAUAGACAACAUUGGAGUAUACAGUUUGUCUAUAGAGAACAGAACAAUGUAGCACAUAUUUUGGCAAAGAAUGCCUUAAGAUCAGUAGAGGAACAAGUUUGGGUAGAAGAGGUUCCAGCUUGUAUAGCACAUAGACUGGAACAAGACAGGCAAUGUAAGGAUUGA